UUUCCUGCGGCGAGUCGGAAGCGUGAAUGCGCAUGCGCGUUCAUUUCCGUUACUUCGGGGGGUUUUUUCUACCGAAGGGAAGGUUGAUAAAAGGUCAGAGCUCACAGCACACCUUUCUCAGAAGUGGAUCAACGUGGGAGGUCGAGCUAAUGGACGUCUCCAGGCUUCUGCUGUCCGUCGUCAUGGUGAUGUCCACGUCUGAUGGGACACCAGUGGGCCACCAAACGUGUGAACCGAGCAAAUUCCAGUGUGACGCAGGUCCCUGUAUACCGCUGCAAUGGAAGUGUGACGGUUAUAAUGACUGUCAGGAUUACUCGGAUGAAGAUCCUCGCUAUUGUGAAGCGUCAAAUUCUUCCUGCUUUCACCUGGAGCAGGAUAGAUAUAAAGUUAUUGAAGGUGAAGCAUUUCAUUACGUGCCCUACGACAUGGAUGACCCCAAUCUGCCUGAUGCAAACAUUACUUGGUACAAAAAUGCGUCCGAGAUGAAGAAUAUUACUGAGAUUGUGAAUAUCACCAAUAUUGUAAAUACUGCCAAGAUUAUGAGUGUUACCAAGAUUAUGAAAAUCACCACAAACAAGACACACAGGAUUCAUUACCAUGGAGGAGAGCUGUUCUUCUUAAACAUCAGCGCUAAUGAUGCUGGUCACUAUUUUGCCAGGCACAUUGAGUCAUCAGAUGAAUGUUUCUACUAUCAUCUGAAGAUCGAGGUCUUCGAUGAAACAAGUCGAGAGAAUCUGACCUAUGGAUCUAUCCGAAACUCUGACCAGAACAAAAACAUUCCUUGUCCGCAGCCUGUUAAAGACACAUGCAAAACAUUUAACGGGAACUUCACCUGGUUCAAGGGCAAGAAUCUCAUUCCUGGUCAACACAAAGAAAGCCUGUGGGUAAAUGAUGCAACAAAAGACGAUGAGGACAUCUACACCUGCAUAUGUACCUGGACUCACAACCACAAGGUGUACAACUCUUCUGGUUCCAGGAGACUUUUUGCUCUAGACACACCCAACUUUCCAAAUGCAACAAUUGUCUCUCCAUCCAGCAAGGAGCAGUUGGCUGAUGAAGGCUCCAGCGUGAAGCUGAACUGCACUGUUUACUGUGGGAUUAAUGCAGAAAGGGACUGUGAGGCCACAUGGUUUAUUAAUGGAAACCCAGCAAAGCAGAUGGACGGAUACAACGAAACCACCGCGUUAGAGGUCGAGGAUCCUUCAAAGAGAACCUUCGCCACAGCGACCCUGACCAUCCAAAGGGCUUCAGCCAAAGAUUUCCAGCAUGAGUUUAAGUGUGAGGGCUCAGGAUUUUAUACAGUAACCUCUGCAACUUUAACUCUGAGGCAAAGAGAGUCCAUCAUUCCCCUCGUCAUUUCAGGGACGUGUGUGUUGCUGAUUGCUGUGUUCGCCGCUGUGCUGGUGAAAUAUUUUGCCAUUGACCUCGCUCUGUUGUUCAGGCCCUACUUCCCUCCAGGAAGAUGCAAUAAAGAUAUGAAGAUGUACGAUGCCUACGUUGUUUACCAGACACAGAGCUUAGACAAGGAGACAGAAGACAAACUGUCCAACUUUGUCACAAAGACUCUGCCCUCGGUUCUUGAAGACAAGUGUGGAUAUCGACUCUUCAUCCAGGGAAGAGACGACAUACCGGGGGAAGAUCGUGUGGAGCUGGUGGAGAGCUGCAUUAAGCAGAGCAGGAGGCUGAUGGUCAUCCUGACACCAGGAUCCGGACCUGAGAUGAUGGAAAAUCCCACCUCAGACCAAACCUCAGUGAUUGGAUUUGACUGGCAGGUCGGGCUUCACUACGCGCUGCUGCAGAAUGGUAUGGGCGUGAUUCUGAUCCAGCUCGGAGAGAUGGGGCCACGAGAUUAUGCUCACCUCCCUCCAGGCCUGCAGCACCUGAUCCGUCAGAGCGCCCCCAUCAGGUGGCCGAAGGGCUCACGGACAGCCUCCAAGUGUAACUCGCCCUUCUGGAAGAGAGUGAGAUACCUGAUGCCAGCCAGACCCGCCAGAAAACGAGAUUCGUCUGCUGUCAUCUAAAACCGCUGAGCUUUGAAAUGUGAAUAUGGAAAAUUAAACUGAAAUGACGGACAAAUUCUCUACAAUGAAUAAAGAUGAAGGAUUUAUUAGGAGUCCUUCAUCUUCAUCUGCUCCACCUACUCCUUAGGUGGAGCAGAAACCUAAGGUGGAGGUUUCUACUAUACCUUAUCUCUUCAAAUGUAAGAUGUAUUUCAGAAUAUCUGCUAUAGUUCAUCUGCAAGUAGAAUAUCUUGUGUGAUAGAUUAAAGCUCUUCUGUUACCUUCA